AAAAAUAAUCAAAAAGCCACAACAACAAGCAUUGGGGCUUUCGCUUUGGAAAAAUGUUUAUUUAAACCUUGUAUUUUUCAAUUUUUCAAAUUAUUUUGAUUAAUUUUCAUCAUUUAAAUUGAUAUUAAAACAUCCUCUAAUAAAAAAAAAUAUGGGGCCAAACGAGACAAUUUGUCGUAUUUGCUUGCAAAUAAUCGAGGAAGAGGAGCCCUAUUGUGUAUUAAGGAGCAACGAUGUCCUUUUGGAGGAUUUAGAGUUGAUUUCUCCGGUUACUUUCAAUAACCUGCAUUUGACUGAAGAACCGUCAAUAUGCGAUCUGUGCGAAAUAACCAUAAGAGAACUGGCCACUUUUCAAAAAUCCAUUGUCAGCAUCGAAGAAGAAUUGCAAAAAAACCCGCUAAACAAUGCAGAAACCACUUGCAGACUGUGUCUACAAAAAUUCGACUCUCUCACAACAUCUUGGAAGGAUUGCGAAGGGUUACUUUUACAAUGCAAUCUUCUUAUGCUUCUAAACAUUGAAGCCCCAAAAAAUGUUUGCCAGGGCUGCGUUGGCACCCUUGAAAACCUAAACGAUUUUUUGUUAAGGGCCUCAAAAAACGAAUCAGUGAUUGUGGCUCGUGCCAGCAAAACAGGCCUUCUGACAUCUGAAGAUUUAUUUUCUUUAUCAUCCAUGAAUGUAAAUCAUGUUGAAGAAUCACUACAUGUUACAAUCACCAAAAAACCAAACACUUAUCAAAAGAAAAAAUUGAAAUCCAACAACAUGCCUUCAACCAGCAAAGAAUUGUAUCAGGAAACACAACAAAUGGGACAAAAAUUUACAAAAAUUGACGCCAGUCCGGCUAGAAUUACUGAUUUUACUUUUGGCGAACACAUGGAAUAUGAUCCGAAUAAUGAAAUUCAAAAUCUUGACUUGGUUGAAUAUGAAAUUGAUGAUACUGAUACUCCAUCAGACAAUUUAGAAUCUACAUUGAUCAGGGACAAUAAUUCAGCUCAAGAACUUGUAGAUAUUUUAGAAGGCCAGGCAGAGCAAGAAAAUUAUGUUGUUACCAACAGAUCUACCAGAAAGCGGAAAGUAACUACUGAAGCUUCAAAAAUUAAAAAAAUAGCAAAAGAGGAAAAAGAAGUUUCUAAGCCUAUUGAAGUGACGAUUAUAAAAAGAACUAAAAAUAUUAAAAAAACAGAAUCUGAUAAAACUUGGCAUGAGCUUGUUGGAACGUCAAACAAAGAUGACACUUCUGUGGUGGAAUCUAAACAAGGAGCCGAUAUUAAGAUAUUAAGCCCCAAACGUGGAAGACCUAAAGUACCGGUGGUCAACAAUAGUAGCACAGUCUGGUUUUACUGCGACCUGUGCUCGUUCAAAACCUACUCCCAAAACAGUUUGGUGGCGCACCAGCUGAUCCACACCCUCAGAGGCCCGGACGCUCCGAACUUCCAUUGCGACUUGUGCAACUUCGAAACUCCUAGCGCAGAAAUGAUGAGAGCCCACAAAAGCAAACAUCCGGUCGCAAAUGUUACCUACAAGUGCAUUUUUUGCGACAAUAUGUUUAAAAGGAAGGUGACUUGUAUGUAUCAUACUUUAAAGCAUAAUGAUCAGGAUAUUGCCAGUCAGUUUUAUUGUAUGGUUUAUAAUGGUAGCACUGAAGAGGAGCUUUUCGAGUGUUACCAGUGUUUUUAUCAAGAUAGUGAAGAAUCUGCAAUGCCAGAUCAUGUCAUUGGGCACAAUGUUGAAACUGUUAAAACUUGUCUGGUAACAACCUACAAGUGCGACCAAUGCCUAUACAUCACCAAGGAUCAAGAAUUGCUGGAAAGGCACAAGACAAUGCACGAAGACGGAACAAAAAGGGGCAAAAAAAUAAUAGAAAAAGAAGAACCCAAAGAAGAAGUCAUUUACAAGUGCGACAAAUGUCCCUACAUGUCUAAAAACAAACGGAGCUUGUCCAAUCACAAGGGCCUCAAGCAUAACAGAAGCAUGCCGCCACCAAAAGCAUCUUCUUGGGUUAAAAAGGAAAAGGAUCGCCCAUUGUAUUAUUGCAACGAGUGCUCGUACAGCACUCCCCGCAAAGUCAAUUUGCCGCGUCACCAGCUGGUGCAUCGCACCAAGCAAAAUAUGGAGUUUUUGGAGUGUUCGCACUGCAUCUUUGAGACUAAGCAUCGCAGGAGCUACACUAGACAUUUGGAGUCUGUACACGGACUCAUCUCGUAAUAAUUAUGCUUUUUGUUUGUGUUAAGGUUUAAUAAAUAUUUGAUUUAAUCCAA